UAUUUUAUAUUUUACAUCAUUAUUAUUAUUAGAUAAUAUUAUUUUUACAUUCUUUUAUUAUGUCUUUAUCAAAACCUUUUCAUUUUCCGGUGGGAAAAAAUUCUUUCUUGGUCUCUAUGAAAAAAUUUCACGUGACACACUCCAAAAGAACUGGUUAUAACAAGAUUUAUGAUAGCCACCGCUCAAAAAGUUUCUUUUUUGAGCUUGCUGAUCCUAAUAAAAACACCAAUGAAAUUCAUCUGAAGAUCCACACUAACGAUUAUACGAUGGAUACUACCCCAAUUAGAUUUCCUUUCACAAGUAUACUCCCUAAUCACAAAUACCAAAUUAAUAAAAUGCUCACACAUUUUUUUUCUUUACAAGAAGUUUUACCCCGUAGAAUACAAACAAAAUUUUUUGAUUUUAUUCGUUCAAAAUUAUUGGAUAGAAUUACUAUAAUACGAUCACGUGGUUCUAGUAAUAGCGAUCGUAAUAGAUCUACAAAAACUUUUUUUAAUUUUUCUUACAAAAAAUAUCGCUUUCAUUUCGGUAUUUAUAUUCCUUGUUUACCUGAUUGUACAUCAGAUUUAUUAUCAGAUAAACCUGCUUUCCUUACACAUACCCCAAAGACUCUUCAUUUUUGUCAAAUUCCAUCCCCUUUCAUUAUGUCGCAUCAUCGACGUGCCUGUGUGAUGCAUCAGAAGAAAUUCUUUAGUACAGAAGUGAAUCAUUUCCUGUGCUCUACUCAAAAUUUAAAGAAUGAAAUUAACAACAACAAAAGUACACAUGCAUCGAAUGUGUUCAACAAAUGGAUCUCGCACACAAAAAAAGAAGUCUAUUCAAAUCGAUUAGGAAUUAAAUAUACCGUUAGUUAUUACGCUAACGGUCAUCAACAUAUUUUUAAGAAAAACAACAAAUAUCGCUAUAUGUACAAAAAGCGUUAUAAUAAUUUCAGCCACAAUUAUAGUAUAAAUAAUUCAACAAAAAAGAAACAAGAGGUUCGCUUUAAGCGGAAUUGUACUCGUGUCUUCAACAAGAACACCAAAUUACGAAUGCUGAAUGAUGUACAAAAGCUCAGGUUAGCUCAUCGCCAUGGAUUUCUCACCUCACCAUCACAAUAUAUAGAUGAACCGAUUACACAUCUGCGAUAUUCAAACAAGAGGAGAAGUAUCAAAAAAUCUGAUUAUAAUUUUAACGUUCCUUUCUUUUUUUUUAAAAAGAAAGUACCCCCUAUUAGGAGAACAAAUCAUAUUACCCAUGAUUUUAGUUCUAGUUAUAUUCAUGUACCUCGAUCUCAAAAGUCUUCUAGCCUCUAUAUUGAACCUGUUGCUUCAGCGACACCUUUCUGUAAAGAUAUCAUUUAUCCUCUUCCUCCGGAUAUGGACCCUGUUCCUGAUAACAUUGAUAUUCCGAACAAACUUCGCCCAUAUAUACCUGAUGGACCAAUAUAUAUGAUGGACUCCACACCAUAUAAAAAGUCAAAAAAAAUUAGACCCCCAACAUACACUUAUUGUAUCCCUGGAUCACGUUUGUGGUUUGACUAUUUACAAAAGAACAUUAAAAAUGGUAAUUUACCCUUUCGAGACUUUAGGGUUACCAACUCUAGUCCUAUUUCCACCCACCCUACUUUAGAUAGUACACCAGUUAAUGACCUUACUUUAUAUAAUGACAUUAAUACACAACAAAAUAAUGAUCUAUCAAAUUUACAACAAAACAUUAUGGAGAAUAAUAAACGUCAAUGGGACGUCGUCAAGACACAACUUGACAAUAUAAUUAUUCAAGAACUCGAACCGCUUAACAAGAAACAAAAAGGAACUUCUACCAGUUACCCUGAUGACUCCCUGGAAGAAGGUUCUACCUCUGCUCGAUAUUAAUUUUCGUAAUGAGUCAGGAAUACCCAUAUAACAACUCAAAAUUAGUGUGAACCAUUCCGCCUCUUACAGUAUUUACAGGUGGUGGCUUUUUUGCCAAAAGAAAAAUACGGAUCAUGAGAACACAACUUUAUUCACUGAAUAUCAAUGCAUAUCCUCCAUGAUCGGGUGCUUUUUAUAGACUAUACUACUCUAGAACUAUUAAUUUUCUUAUAUAUAAUUGUUUUAUUUUUAGAUUCUU